AUGGAUAAGACUAUCUUUCCUCUAUUCUUCUUCUUCUUCGUUUUGACAUCAACCAUUCAAGAAGCUUGUUCUCAACCUUCAAGAGCCCUCUUUGCCCCUAUCUCCCCAUUCACCAUUCUCCCGCUCUUCACCCUAACCCUAAACUCAGACGAGAAGUACUUCGUCGAUAUCAAUGCCCCUCUCUUGGUUCGUCGCUGUGAAGGCGAGUCCACAGCACGCGCCACCGUGCCAUGCGCCUCCUCCGCCUGUCUUCUCUCCCGCACUUUUCGUCCAGCUCCUUGUUCUAUCCCUAACAACACUUUCACCGGCCGCCAAUGCGCUUGCAUGGCCUCCUCCUUCGACCCGUUUUCCGCCACUUGUGGGACGAACCAACUCACCAGAGAAAACAUUGCCGUCUCCUCCACAAACCCUAGAAAACCCACCUUUCUUGUUCCCCGAGUCAUCGCUCUGUGCGUUCCCACGGUGUUCUUGGGGGGUCUUCCGCCGGGGAUUUUCGGGGUCGCCGGCCUUUCCCGGUCUCCCCUCUCCGCUGCGUACCAACUGGCCUCUUCAAAUCUUGGGUUAUCCAAGAAAUUUGCCUUGUGUUUGCCUUCUAGCGAUAAUGCCGACAACAGAGGAGUCGUCUUCUUUGGAAACGGACCGUACAUGUUGAAAUCCGGGAAAAAUCUAGAUUCUACCAGAAUCUUGUCGGAAACUCCGUUGAUUCGGAACAACAAAAUUCCAAACGGGAACUACAUCAGUCUCAGGGGCAUUUGCGUCAACGGACAAGACGGUGGGUUCGGUCCGAGCGCUUUCGCGUUCGAUUCUACAGGCGGGGGAGGUACCUUGCUCAGCACGACAACUCAAUACACUACGAUGAGAACCGACCUUUACAGUUUCCUUCUCAACGAAUUCUCCAACGCUACUUCUCAAAUACCAAGAGCCGACCCGGUUAGCCCCUUCGGUUUAUGCCUCCGGUUAAGCUCAAACAGUCCGGUUCAAAACGGUUUUAACGCACCUCGUAUCGAUCUGAAACUGAACAACGGGAGAAUCUGGAGCGUGUAUGGCGCGAACUCGAUGAAGAAGGUGAGUGAUGACGUGUCAUGCCUGGCGUUCGUAGACGGGGGCGCCUCGCCGCGUCAAACGGUGGUGAUUGGGUCGUACCAGAUGGAGAACAACUUGAUGGUUUUCGAUUUGGCGAGGUCGGUUUUGGGCUUUAGCUCUUCUCUGUCUUUGGUUAGCGCCUCUUGCAGUGAUUUUCAAACCGGUUCUUGA